GGAGGGGGCAGCCGAGCGGAGGGGGAGGCUGGCAGAAAUGCUAAUUCCUCCCUUUCGCUGUCGCCUCGGCAGCCCAGUGCCCGUACGGCCCCGCUCCGGCUCACAGCUCAGCCCGGAGAGGUGCGGGGGGACGGGUGGGGUCCCCCCGCCCCUCACCGUCGUGUCCGGGCUGGCGGAGGCUCCUCCGUGCCACAGGGACGGGGGUCGGGAGGAGGAUGCGGAGGGCCGGUAACGACGAGGAGAAGGGCUGCGUGUUGCUUAACGGCACUUAGGAGCGGGGGGAGAUGGCCCCUCUACUGGUCCUGUGGCUAGUGGCCCUGCUCGGCUUGGCCCGGGCGUGCCCCGAGCCCUGCGCUUGCGUGGACAAGUACGCGCACCAGUUCGCCGACUGCGCCUACAAGGACCUCCAAGUGGUGCCCACGGGUUUGCCUUCCAACGUGACCACCCUCAGCCUCUCGGCCAACAAGAUCACCUCACUGCAGCGGCGUUCCUUCGUGGAAGUGACCCAGGUCACCUCCCUCUGGUUGGCACACAACGAGAUCCGCUCCAUCGAGCCCGGUGCCUUCGCCAUCCUGGUGCAGCUGAAAAACCUCGACAUCAGCCACAACCAGAUCGUGGACUUCCCCUGGCAGGACCUCUACAACCUCAGCGCUCUCCAGCUGCUCAAGAUGAACAAUAACCACAUGGCUCUGGUACCUCAGGGGGCUUUCCACACCCUGAAGGACCUCCGGUCCCUCCGCAUCAACAACAACAAGUUCACCACCCUUGCUGAGGGGAUCUUUGACUCGCUCAGUUCCCUCUCCCACCUGCAGAUCUACAACAACCCCUUUGAGUGCUCCUGCAAGCUCCAGUGGUUGAAGAAGUGGAUGGACAGCACACUCAUCUCCAUCCCUGAGAAGGACUCCAUCACUUGUGCCCUCCCGGAGCAGCUCCAAGGAGUGCCGGUGGGGAAGAUCCCAGAUGUGCAGUGUGCCUCACCCACGGUGCAGCUCACCUAUUACCCCAACCUGGACACCACUGAGCUCUUUGAUGGCUUCACCCUGACACUGCACUGUGCCGUGACGGGCACCCCACUGCCCGAAGUGAGCUGGAAGAUCCGCACCUCCAGCCAAACCCUGGAGCUCAACGGGAACCCGAAUGAGACCGCUGGGAAGGACCAGUCCAAACGGGACCCUGAGCGCUUCUUGGUCUUCAAGAAUGGCACAUUGGUGAUUCCUCACCUGAGCAAGAGGGAAGAAGGCACCUACACCUGCCUGGCCUCCAAUGAAAUGGGGAGUAACCAGACCUCUGUCAACGUGGCUGUGGCGGGCACCCAGAAAUACCCACUGCAGCCCGGGAGGGACCCACUGGGGGGUAAAGCACAGCCAGGUGACAAGAAGCCUGGGGCCAAGGGAGCAAAGAAUAGCGUGCUCACACCAGAUGAGAGGAGCAAACCCCUUGAUCCCACUCGGCAGAGCCAACCAUCCUUGGCAGCUGGGACAGAGUCCACGGGAGACGGGCAAAUCCCUUUCCAGCUGCCACCCUUUGAGAAGAAGUGUGGCUCCACACAAACCAGCAAGUACAUCUCCAAUCACGCCUUCAACCAGAGCGGCGACUUCAAGCAGCACACGUUUGACCUGGGGGUGAUCGCUCUGGACGUGUCAGAGCGCGACGCCCGGGUGCAGCUCACACCCACCUACACGCAGCCCGAGAAAGUCCACCUCAGGAUGCUCUACCUGUGCCAGGAGAGCAGCAAGGGCCAUGCCUUGGUCCAGUGGUCCAAGAUUGAAGAAGGGGUGAACUCGUACUGGUUCCAGGGCUUGAACCCCGGCACCAACUAUUCCGUGUGCCUCACCUACCUCGGGGAGGACUGCCAGGUCCAAGUGGUCUUCACCACCAAAAAAGAGAUCCCCUCGCUCAUCAUCAUCGUGGUGGUGAGCAUCUUCUUGCUGGUGCUGGCCACCUUACCCCUGAUGGGGGCCACGUGGUGCCACCUCCUCUCCAAAUACCAAGGGAAGACCUACAAGCUCAUCAUGAAGGCCCAGAACCCAGACCAGAUGGAGAAGCACAUGGCCGCUGACUUUGACCCCCGUGUCUCCUACCUGGAGUCUGAGAAGAACUACAAUCCCAGCGAGGUAGGGGAGGCAGAGGUGGAGGAAGAAGAGGAGGAGGAGGAGGAUGAAGAAGGAGGCAGGUGGAGGAGGAGGAGAGAAGCCGAAGGGGCUCCGGAGCUGGAGCGAGAGGAGAGCGUGGCAGCCAGCUCCAUGGCGGAGUCACAAUCCAAAGCCAACGGCGAGGAGUUUGAGGUGCGCUCUGAGUACAGCGACAAGCUGCCGCUGGGUGCCGAGGCUGUCACCAUCUCCCAGGAGAUCAACGGCAACUACCGGCAGCGGCCCCGCUGAGCCUCCCCACACCCCCUCCACCCCCACCUCGGCCCCACCUCCUCCCCGGUCCCCAACCCCCGUUCUUCGCGGGGCAUCGCUGCUGCUUUUACUCCGAGGAAAGACGGAAGUAUCCUCAGCGAUGCCUGACCCUCCUCCUCCUCCUCAGACGGCAGGACCCCGGGGAUGCUCAGUGCCGGCGGGACGCGCUUCCUACGAUUUCGUUUCCAUUUUGGGUACCGGCAGUCCUUGCUCCCGGCUUAGCGACAACAACGAUUCCCGGUCCCCUGGCUGCCUCUGCCCUCUGUUCGCCCCAUAUUUUCUUUCCCCUUAAAGGAAAAAAACGAAAAAAAAAAAAAAAAAGAUGAAAAACGGGUCAAAGAAAAAAACCCGACUUCCCAAAACCUUUUUUCCUGGAAUUGGUUCAGUCCCCGGUGGGUCCCCUCCGCUCCUCGGUCCGGUCCUGCCGCUCCCUCGGUCCCCGGUGAGUCCCCUCUGCUCCCCGGUCCGCUCCUGCCG